GCUACGCGAAGAGAACGCCUCACUUCCGCCAGGCGGCGGAUCCCUCGGGCUCGGAGCUUCGGAGACCGGCUCCGUGCCAUGGCGUCGUCCCAAGGUCGGCGGAGAAGGCCGGGAACAGUGGUGCCCGGGGAAGCGGCGGAGACCGACUCGGAGCUGUCUGCAUCAUCAUCCGAGGAGGAGCUAUACCUGGGUCCCUCGGGCCCGACACGCGGCCGCCCCACUGGGUUGCGGGUGGCCGGGGAGGCGGCGGAGACCGACUCCGAGCCUGAGCCGGAGCCCAGGGUCGCGCCGGGAGACCUGCCCCCCCUCGUGGUGCAACGGGAUGCAGUGGAGGCGUGGGGCACCGAGGAGACCCCUGUCCUAGCGCCUGCGCGCUCUCUGCUGCAGCUCAGGUUGGCUGAGAGCCAGACGCGCCUGGACCACGACGUAGCGGCUGCGGUGAGCGGCGUGUACCGCCGUGCGGGUCGCGAUGUGGCCGCCCUGGCCGGGAGGCUGGCAGCUGCCCAGGCCAUCGGGCUGGCGGCCGCCCACAGCGUGCGCCUGGCGCGCGGAGACCUCUGCGCGCUUGCGGAGCGCCUGGAUAUUGUGGCUGGUUGUCGCCUGCUGCCGGACAUACGAGGGGUGCCGGGCAUCGAGCCCGAGCAGGACCCGGGACCGAGAGCCUAGGCUGUUACUCUGUGUCCCCCCCACCUGACUCUGCCUCUUGGUGGACAUUAGUACCACCUGUGGCAUCUGACUCUGUCUUUGUUCUUGGAUCACCGAGGCCUCCAAUUCGUACUAACGUUUGGUUAACGCCAACCGAAGCAUCUUCGUUGGUUUGGCCCGAUUAAAUUCUUAGCACAAUUCUGGGAUCCCCAACCCAAGACUCGGCCCAGGUUCUGUGGCUAUCAAGUGGUUUAGCCCCCACCCCUUCAUUUUGGUCCUAUUUCCUAAAUUGAGCUUCUCUCCUAGGCAAGGCUGGGGUUUGCUUCCUUUUCUUGAACCUCUCUAGUCUAGGCUUUUUUUGGGGGGGGGGCGUCCCUCUAGUUUCCAUCCCUAAAUGAUGAUCACCCCUGAUCCGAGGAUACUUUCAUUUUACACACCCCUCUUACACACAGACCACUGUGGCCAGAUGCAGACCAACCUAGGCCUGGGUAGUGACCCUAACUCUCAGGCGUUUGGGUCUGGGGCAGCGCCCCCUCGUGUUUUGAUCGUUAUAGGAGAUGACUCCACAGAUACAAAUUUACCACUCACUUUGUCUGUUUCUGGAUGGUAAAAGGACUUGGAUUUCUGACCUCUAUGGGCACCAAGGAUAAUAGUUUCUUUGGGUCUUGGUUUUUUACUCUUUUGGCCACUCCCUUUGUCUCCGUCUUAAUGAGGAUUCUCUGACCGUAUGUGGAAGGGACUUGGGUGGUGGGGUGAGCCGUUAGCUCAGUGAGUGGUAUUGUGCAUGCCUAGUGUGGGCAGCCCUGGGUUCAAGUCCUAGUACCACCCUUCUCCAAAAGAAACAAAGAAACUAGCACAUCCUUAGAUAUCUCUGUCCCCUUUAAAAACGUACCCUCUUACUUCUCAC